AUGGCGAGGACCAGUCGCCGGCGAGAGGCUGCCAAAUUGAUGGCCAAACCAUCGGUCAAGGCCAAAUCCUCCCUCGACAAGCUGAAAGCUAAUGAACGUAAUAGGAUCAGCAAGUUGCCCAAUGACAUACUGGUCAACAUUCUAGACCGUCUCGGUUUCCGUGACGUUACAAGAACCAGUGUCCUCUCCAGACGUUGGAGUCAGCUUCCUGCCAAUCUCUCACGGCUUAAAAUAAGUGCUCGCGAUUUUCUGUCCCCACAAGCUAGCAUACCUGAUGAUGAAUUGGAUGAAAAAUUGCUUCGGAUCAAUGCAUUGCUUAGGAUCAAUGCAGUCAAUGCAGCCAAUGCAGCUGUGGUCAAAGCGACAAAGAGCACACUGGCACACAGAGAUCCAGGUGGAUGCACCAUCCGCCUCUUGAGCACGACGUUCUACUUGAGAGGUGAUACCCCAAUAUCUGUUGGGCAUACUGUUGGCAAUGCCAUGGCGACACUCAAGGUCGAGAAAGCCGAAUUCACAGUUUUGACACAACAGAAAGGACGCGGGUGUAGUAUUGAUGAGAUGGUGAAGUUUGGGACACGGUUUGUGUCAUUUUCUAAUGAAUGCCACAAUGCAUUUGCUGGUCUCACACGCCUCUACCUGGAGAAUUUGAGAUUCCGUGAAUCCAACUUUGUCUCUAACAUCCUUGUCACUUGCAAGCAGUUAAAUUAUUUAGGUUUUUUCAAUUGUGACACAGAGGAUUGGAUAACGCUCCAAGUUGAACACGCACAGCUCAGUGAGCUCAGUAUUGUUGAUUGCCGUUUUAGCAUGGUCGAACUCACCUGGGUUCCGAAACUCACCUGGCUGGCGUUUUUGUUUUGGUUAUAUCAUGCAGAACUACCACUGUCACUGGGCUAUGUCCCAUUGCUCGGGGUUCUGAGACUUUCAAAUGCUGCUCGUAGUUUCCACGAAAACGUCAAGUUGAGUAUGUUUCUCCAUGAGACCUCUGUUCGAGACCUGACAUUGGGGUUUAAAUGUGAAAAGAUUUGGGUUCAACCGGAGUGUUUGACCAGAAGGCAGGCAUAUGUGUUCCAGCAACUAAGGAUUCUCAAUCUAGUUAAAAUUCCUGAAGGGUAUGAUCUCACCUGGACAAUGUUCUUCUUGGAAGCGGCGCCGUCCCUGGAGGAGCUCUACAUAAAGUAUGGGACCAUCCAUGUGAAAUUGAAAUGGAUCAGGAGAUUAGCGAGAACAAGGGCGUUGAGUGGGAAUCACCUACAUCAAAUUUCAAGCACCACUGUCUGGCCAAGUUCAUCCUCGUCGGCUUUCAAGCUAAAGACUACAUGGUGA